AUGCCCCAGGAUAUCGAUCCCAACGCCAGAAGGGAAGUCAACAACGCGCUCAUUAGCGCUGGGAGCACUGCUGUCGCACAGAUGAUUGUUGCGGCCAACUCCUCUAUUGCUAAGCGUCGCAAGAACAAGGAGGCGCGAGCGAAGAGUGAGGCUGGAGAGAAAGCUGCUAGCGAAGAGAAGUCAAAUGCUGCUAAACAGAAAGACGGUGUCUCAAGUUGA